ACCCAAUUUCAUCCCGAGUACCACCUGCAAACCAUCGUCAAAACAUGUCAUCCGCACCUCAGGAUGGCCCAGGACUGAGCUCCUCGGUCCACAAAGGCACACCGGCCGCCGCACAAGACCGCAAGGACUCGGUCGUACAAGACCGCAGGGACUCGGCCGCCAGCCACAACAUGGGCAAGGUCAUCGAGGACCAAUCCGAGACGGCGCGCGUGCUCGACCACGCCGCCGAGCGGGCUCUCUGCCGCAAAUUCGACGUCCGCCUCAUGCCCGUCCUCGCGUUCCUGUACCUCCUCAACGCUCUCGACAAGGGAAACAUCAGCAACGCUCAGACGGCCGGCCUGAGCGACGACCUCGGCUUCUCCAAGGGUCAGUACAACCUGAUACUGUCCAUCUUCUUUGUGCCGUUUGUCAUUUUCGCGCCGCCUCUUUCGAUCCUCGGCAAGAAGUUUGGCCCGGCCAGGGUCCUACCGUGCCUGGCCAUUGUGUUUGGCUCCAUGACCCUGUUGACUGCCACAGCGAAAGGGUUUGGUGGAAUCUUGGCGCUGCGGUGGUUUUUGGGAAUGGCAGAAUCGGCCGUCUUCCCGCUCGUCAUCUACUACCUCACAACUUUUUACCGCCGUGGAGAGCUUGCGCGUCGAUUGGCUAUAUUCUACGCGGCCGCAAACAUUGCCAAUGCCUUUUCCGGACUUUUGGCAUUUGCCGUCUUUCGUAUCGAUCGACCAGAUCUCAUCGACUUUAGCUGGCGCUGGCUGUUCAUCAUUGAGGGCUCCAUCACGGUCCUUUUUGCCAUGUUUGCCUACUGGUACCUGCCACUCAACGCCGCCACCGCAAGCUUCCUGACCGAGGAGGAGAAGGCAUUGGCGUACCACCGCAUCCAUGUCGAUUCGUCCUCGGUCGUGGAGGAAGAGUUCAACUUUCGCAAGUCCCUGGUCGUCUUCAAACGCCCGACGACGUGGGUAUUUUUGCUCAUUGAGAUGUGCGUUGGAGUCUCGGCACAAGCGGUGAAUUUGUUCCUGCCCCAGAUUAUCCAGAGGCUUGGGUACGGCACCAUCCAAACGAACCUUUACACUGUCGCUCCGAACAUUGGUGGUGCUGUCAUGCUCAUCAUCCUCGCUUUCCUUUCCGACUGGCUACGGAUCCGCGGCGCCUUUGUCGCAUUGGGUUUCACUUUUACCUGUUUGGGGUUUGCCAUUUAUGCUUCCAUCCAAGACAUUGGCGCGCAGCUUCGGCUUGGCUACUUUGCGACUUUUAUGAUGUGCUGGGGCACGUCUGCGCCAUCUGUACUCACCAGCACCUGGUACAACAACAAUAUCGCGCACGAAGGCCAGCGCCUGGUCCUUACCUCGGUCGGUGUACCCCUUGCCAACCUGAUGGGUCUCGUUCCCAGCAACAUCUUUCGGCUCGAGGAUGCGCCCAAGUACGAGAAGGGUCUUAUAACGGUGGCCUGCUUUGGUGCUGCCGGAGCGUUGGCUGCCGCAUCCAUGUUUACCUACAUGUUUUUUGACAACAAGGCCAGGAACAGACGACAGGGUGUCCGUCUUAGUGCCAGGGACGUGCCGACCCACAAGCUGAGGGAUGGGCCGAGGGCUGAGGAGUUUAGAUGGUUUUUGUAGAACGGACGGGGAGGUCUUUUUUUUGUUAUUAUCUAUACCCUCUAAUAUAUAUCACCCAGUUUGUCGUCGACAACAAAUGAGCAACUGUUCAACCGGGCGUCCGCACUAGUCAACCCACAACCCACAGCACAUUAAAAGUCCUUCCAACUCAAAGCGCCAACCCAGGUGUCAUACUAUUCACCGACGACGGCCGUCUCCCAAAACUCGGCACAUAGACGCUAGGCACUCGGUAACUCUCAAUCAAGUCGACCUCGCUGAUCGGCCUUGGUGAUGUCCAAUUAUCCUCCACCAACCUCUCCCUACUAGCCGCCGUCCCACCAUCACCGCGCAUCUCCACAGCCCGCAGGUCCGAAAAGUCA